AUGACAGGAAGAAGAGAAAGAUCUAGGUCUCCAAUGAGAGGAGACAAUAGUGGCCGUAGAAGAGAUAUCAAAAAUCUAGAUCAAAAUAAGAAUCCUGAAAACAUGCCCAAUGUUAUGAACCCCAUGAUGAUGCCAAAUAUGUAUCCACAAGGAAACAUGAUGAUGCCUGGAAUGUUUAACAUGAUGAUGCCAAAUCAUAUAAUGGGAGGUGGCAUGAUGCAGCCACCUGGAAUGGAUAUGAUGCAAGGUCCUGCUAUGGAAAUGAUUCCACAGCCACCAAUGGAUAUGGCCUCUAUGGGUAAUCAUCAGCCCUUACCACCUGCUCCUCCACCAUUAGAAAUGGGAAUGAUGGGAGGCGUUAUGAUGGACCCAAUGAUGGGAAUGUUUCCAAAUAUAGGAGGUGAUCCAUCACAAGAAAAAAAGGAAAUUAUACUUAAAUACUGUAAACUUAUUCCACCAGAACCUGGCACUCCAUUACCACCAAGAAGAGCAAGACCUCCUGGAUGUCGGACCAUUUUUGUAGGUGGUCGUUUACCAGAUAAAAUCAGAGAAAGUACAGUCAGAGAAAUAUUUGAGCGAUAUGGAAGAAUUCAUAUUUUAAGGUUGUCAAAGAAAAAUUUUUGCCAUAUAAGAUUUGAUAGGGAGAGUUGUGUGGACGCAGCUAUGUUUAUUUCAGGCUAUAGAAUAAAGAUUUCAUCUAAAGACAAAGAUGAGAAAGAAGAUGAAGAUGAUACACAGGAUAUAGGAUGGCUACAUAUUGAUUAUGCUCUGAGUCGUGAUGACCAAAACGAGUACGAAAGGCGUCAACGCCAGGCGUUACGCGUCCAACAGCAACAAAUGCAACAGCUGUCAGCGCAACAAGAAGCCAUAGCCAGCCGCAAUAUGAACUACCGCCGGUCGCCCUCUCCCGUCAGAAUACAACCGUUCUCUAACGCGGCUAUCGUGCAACUAGCUGAGAAAAUUAAAAACGAAGAACAUUUUCCUUCCACACUUCCUACACUAAUCUCUUGGUUAGAGAGGGGAGAAUGUUCAAAAAAGAAUUCCAACCAAUUCUACUCAAUGAUUCAGGCAACUAACUCCCAUAUCCGACGGCUUUUCAAUGAAAAAAUGCAAUCCGAGGAAGAGUUACAAGAAUGUAGAGAAAAAGUCAAAAAUCACAUAUCAAGCAUCAUAGAACAACUCGAACAGGUGGCGAAAGUGUUUAGUGCGGCCACCCACCAGCGUGUGUGGGACCACUUUACUAAACCGCAACGCAAGAACAUCGAAACCUGGCAGAAAAUGACGCAGGAGUUUAAUACGCUCAAGGAAGAAUUCAAUGAAAAAUUCCUUGGAGAUGACAUGGAUUUCAAUGGUUUUAACAGUCAAAGCAAUAAUAUGGAUGUUAAUAAUGAAGAAUUACAAGAGUUGAAGCGGGAGAAUGAAAGUCUAAGAUUCCAACUGGAAGCGUACAAAAAUGAAGUAGACGUCAUAAAAGCAGAUGCUCAAAAAGAUAUGGAGAAGUUUAAAGCCCAGUUUAUUGCGCGUCAAGCGUUGCAGGACGCGAUGGAGAAACACCCGCCGUUACCAUCGCCGAUGGCGAAGCCGCCGCCGCCGCCGCCGCCGCUGCCCGACGACGCGGACGCCGCGGCGGGCCUGAAGGAAGAAGACUUCAAAUGCGGGGAGGCAAAGUUGAUUGGCAUCAUGUCUGCGUUUCUACAAGUGCACCCGCAGGGCGCGAGCCUGGACUACGUGGUGUCGUACGUGCGCGCGCUGCUGCCGGCCGCGUCGCCGGCCGCCGUGCACCGCGUGCUGCGCCGCCACGCCGACGUGUUCCGCCGCACCUCCCGCGGCGUCGGCGCCGACCUCGAGCACCGCUGGACCUUCGUGGCCUACGGCGGCGCCGAC